GGGCCCGAGGGGGGCGAGGGUCUGGCGGCUGUCCUCCCCACCCGAGGUCCCGGCUUUCCCGGGGGCUCGGGCCCCGCCGACCCCGGCCCCGGCCCGCCCCUUCCUUCCCUUCCCUUCCCUUCCCUCCCCGGUUGUCGUGGCGACGGGCGGCGCGUCCCAAGAUGGCGUCGCUGCUGCCGGAGACGCUGUUCGAGGUGGUGGGCCAGGCGCCGGCGCCCAGCAAGGACUACUACCAGCUGCAGAUCACCCAGUCCCAGAUAAUCUUCAGAUGGUGGAAGAUUGCCCUUCGGAGUCAGGUCCAGGUGAACAAUCCUGGAGAAGUUAAAGAGUCUCAUCAUGACUUCUUGGAUGAUGCAAGUCUACAAGUCCAGAUUGCUCUGAUAUUCGGGGCCAACGUGCUGGACUACGCCUUUAAUUUGUGCCGGGGGAAAUUUGACUUCCUCGAACGGCUCCCGGACCCUCUGCUCCUGUGCAUUGUUUCGUACUUGGACCUUGAAGACCUUGCCAGACUUUCUCAAACGUCUCACAGGUUUAAAAAGAUAUGCUCGUCUGACGAACUGUGGGAGCAGAUCGUGGAAUCCGCGUGCGACACAAUCACCCCUGAAAUGAGAGCACUGGCCGAGGAAGUGGGCUGGAAGCAGAUUUUCUUCACGAACAAGCUCCAGCUCCAGCGUCUGCUCCGCAAGAGAAGGCAAAAGCAGGAGAGUUGAACGGGGACAAACAAAUUAAAACAGAGCCCACUCCGCAGCCCCCGUUUCCCGAGUUUGUUUCCUCCAGCAGGGAGAGCGCUUUCCGGUGCCUCCCCGGGAGAUCCAGGAUGGUCGGAAGGGCCGAGCCAUUAUUUGGAAGUACUUCGUAUCCGAAUCCGGACUCACAAUAAAAGCUUCGUUGCUGGGAUUUUUAAUUUU